AUGAAGCUGCUGGAUGAGCGGGUCUGGGCGCUGUUUAAGCGCAACUGGUAUCAAACUCUAACCUACUGGAGUGUGUUCUUCAGCUUUGGUCUAUGCAUUGCCUUCUUGGGACCCACCAUUUUGGAUCUGAGGUGUCAGACCCAGUCCACCCUGCAACAGAUCACCUGGGUCUUCUUCUCCCAGCAGUUCUUCCUGUUGGUGGGCAGCAGCCUGGGAGGACUCUUCAAGAAAACGCUCUUGUCAUCCCUGUCAGCCCUCUUCUCCUGCACUCUCAUCAUCUCCCUCGUGUUUGCCAUCAUACCGCUAUGUCACCACGUGAUACUGUUGUCCAUCGCGAUGGCGAUUGCUGGCAAAGCCAUGGGGGUGAUUGACACCAUUGCUAACCUGCAGCUGGUGAAAAUGUACCAGAGGGACUCCGCCAUCUUCCUGCAGGCCUUGCAUUUCUUCAUAGGCCUGGGAGCUCUGGUCAGCCCACUGGUGGCUGAUCCUUUCCUGGCUGAGGACAGCUGUGUCCUGGGCACCAAUUGGACUACCAACUCUUCGUCUUCCUCUUCAGCGGACCUGCAUCACCUCCGCAGCAGCAUGGCUGGGCACGGAACAGCGCUGCACAACAUCUCUCAGUAUCCCUUGCAUACUGAGGGCACUGUUAUCACCAGGGUGUCCUACGCUUUCUGGAUCAUGGCUUUAAUCAACCUCCCAGUGCCAGCAGCAGUACUCACAUUGAUGUACUAUGAAAGACUGCUGCCUUGCUUUAGCAACAGUCCACGUCUGCUUGCCAAAGACUCAAGCCCAAGCUCAGCAGAGGACAGUGGCCAAGGUCAUGGGAGUGUGUUUAAUUGCUGCAACCCUGCCAAACUCCGGGGUCGCCCUCCAACUUUCUUUCUCCUUCACAUUCUGGGCGGAGCCAUUCUCUUCAUCACUGAUGGAAUUAUAGGCUCCUAUGCUGGCUUCGUCUACACCUACGCCGUUUCCCCUCCUCUGCUGAUGGGUCAUAAGACUGCUGGCUAUCUGGACAGUGUGUUCUGGGCCGCCAUCACAGCAGGAAGACUGGCUUCCAUUUACCUGUCCUACAGAUACACAGCACCCAGGCUGCUCACCUUCAGUCUGGUGGGGGUCAUACUUGUGCAGUGCAUGCUGUUGAUCUUCUACACCAGCUGUGUGUUCCUCUUCAUUGGUACUUGUGUGUUGGGACUGUGCAUUAGUAGUGUGUUCCCCUCAUUGCUGGCUUUUAUAGAGGACUUAUUGAACUACAAAGGCUGUGCCACUACUGUCCUGGUGACCAGUGCCAGCACAGGAGAGAUGAUACUGCAGCUGAUUGUUGGAUCGGUCAUCCACAGUCAGGGCAGCUAUGCCUUCCUGUUGUGUUGCACAAUAGCAUCCUUCAUCGGCUUCUGCCUGUUCCUGCUGCUCCUCUAUGUCCAGCACAUCCACAGAAACGGCGACACAGAUUCCACUAAAAACACAGACAUGAAAGAGAAGCCAAACCCAGGAGGCUCAUGAUCUGAGGAUCUGUGAAGAAACCCGGGGACGCAAAUGAUCCGACUGUCCCUGCAAAGAAA